UUCCCUUUGUUAUUAUUAGUCGCCUCAGUAGGCUUAUACAACAUACACGGAUAUUAGGACUUCAUUGCAAAACAUUACACAUUGUACGUAAAAUGGCAAUGGCACCAGGAUACAGUGCAAUGGUAACUUGCCCAUAUAACAAAAGCCACAACAUUCUCAGAGAAAGAUUCCAAACGCACUUGGUAAAAUGCAGAAAACAGUAUCCGAACAUAAAGCUGAAAAACUGCCCAUUCAAUUCAACUCAUUUAAUUUUGGAGGCAGAAUUCGAUGCACACGUCCAAAGUUGCGAAGAUCGAUCAAGUUUCGAUUUGUAUAGAUUUCCCAUUGCACCAAGUACAGCAGCACUAAAUCGUCCACCGGCACCAGAGCCUGUGUUCGUACCAUUGCCGGAAAGCGAAGAAAACUGGGACGAUGAACAUGUGGAAGCGUACAAUCCACAAGCAUAUGUCGAACAGGCACCAGUUCUUCGCCAGUUGAAUGUAGCACCGAGAUCCGAACGACGUGCAUUCCGUGAAGCUGAACGCUUACGCCUAAACAAGCUACGUCGAUGAAGAGACGACACCAAAGAAAUAUUUUUUCAUAAUUUUCCAAUAUUUACCACUGAUUUGUCGCGAUGAGAUUUUAUUAUUGAUAACCAAAAGUUGAAUAUUUUGAAGAGAAAUUGUAAAUUUGUUCAACGAAAUGACACUCGAAAUAAAACUUGAAUUCUCAGUGACAGA